GCAGAUUGCACACCUUUAUCAGCCGGGGCGGCAACACAAGAGCACGGACUUCAGUCACGAAUCGUCGAUCGCCGAUCACCGACCAUGGGCUGCUCCUGGUCGCGACCCGAGCAAGUGGAUGCGAGUGCCACGCCCAAUGCCCUCCAGGCGGGCAUUCCCGCCCAGCGCCUGCAGAGGCGGCGGCGCCAGGAGGAGAAGCGUGCGCGCCAGCUGCAGAAGCUCCAGAAACGCAAUGCCCGCAAGCGUCGUCGGAAGCGGGGCUCCGGCUCGGGAUCCGGCACAGGUGGACGACCCGCUUCCUUGGCUCGUGGGGGUUCCAUUCAAAGGCGUCGCCUCAGCGCAAAAACGCAUCCCGAUCUCGCCCUGCAACUGCGUCUGCUGGGCGGCAGCAAUGGCAGCAGUGCCACCGAGUACAUGAGCGCCCUGUAUGCCAGGACGCUGGAGCAGCAGCGGGAGGAGCUGCAGCGGACCGUGGAGGAGAAGACGCUGCGCCAGCUGGACCGCGAGCUGCACACCUUCCUGCUGAACCAACUGCUCCUCGGUGUACAGUUCUUCGGGCACUUCGAGGCCGAGAUGGCCGUGGUCGAUGCCCAAAUCCUGGCCAGGCGACGCAACUGCUCCGCCGAGCAGCUGGCCGAGCACAGCCUGCUGCAGAGCAACGCCAUCGAUGCGGCCGUCGCCAGGAACCUGCUCUUCAAGCCGGCAUCCUCCAAGAUCCCGCCCCAUCCCCUCCAGAAACCCGUCACCUACGUAGUGUUCGAGAACGUGGACGUGGCCCGACCCCACGAUGCCACCUACGACACCGUGGCGGCGCUGUGCAAGGUGCUCCUCGAGACGGACUACUACCGGACCACGCCCAGCUCCUCCGAAGUCUUCCAGUUGAUGGAGCAGACCAGGUGGAUGGGCUAUGUGCGCCUCAAGCUGCGCGAGCAAUUCCCAAUCCCGGCGGCGAGCUGCAGCAGCUCCAGCUCGCCACUGCCCAUUGCCAGCGAUGAGGAGUGCAUCUACGGCGACGUUGGGUCAUCCUCCUCCAGCUCGUCAUCCUCGGGCUACAGCUCGGGUCACUACGACUACGUGUACUUGGCCAGGUUAAAUACUCCGCGGCCGCUAGACGAGCUGCGUCUUGGUCGGCAGUUUGAUUUCCAGCGGAAUGUGCUGCCGGAGAGCUGCAUCCUUCGUUUGGCCAACUGCAUGCCUCCUUGGCUGGAGCAGACCGACGACGAGGACUCCUCCUCCGCCACCUCCUCCAGCAGCGAAGACGAGGAGGAGGGAGCUGAGAGGAGUCCGGGGGGUCGCAAGUACCCACCGGCUGGCUAUGAGACCGUGGAGGUGCUUCGGCAGUGCCAUGUGGAGCAACUGCAGCAGUGCUACCUCAGCUCGCAGCAGUUUAUGCUGUACUUCGGGGAGGUGCUGCGCCACCAUCUGGCCACCCAGCUGGGCAUUGGACAGUCCCAACUGGCCGCCGGUUCGUAUCGAGGCUGCAGUGUUUACACCGCUCACGAGGAGCUGGUGCCCGCCAUCCAUGUGCCCCACUCCUGGCCAGAUUGCGCCUUUGAGUUCUGGCUUAGGGCUCGACCGCGGCUGACCAAUCUCCACACCGCCGAGGAGUUCCAGUGGCCCACGGAGCAGAUGAGGAAACGCAUCCGAUCCUUCGGCUUUCACGUCGUUCCGGUGGGCUAUGCGCCGAAGCACUCGAGGAAUCCCUUCAGGGAGCUGGAGUGGCGCAUUGUCUUCCCGCAGGCGGAGCAGUUUCUCGAGCGGCACUGCCUGACGCCCAUGCAGCUGAAAGUGUUCCAGCUGAUGAAGCUGCUGGUCAAGACCUUUGUGGAGGGCAAGUCCCCAUCCUCGGGCCCGUCUGGCCAAUCCCCGGGAGCUCUGCUCGAGCAGCUGAGGGCCCAUCUGUUUUGGCAGUGCGAGCAGCACAGCAACGACUGGCCGGAGGAGUUCCUGGGCGAGCGCCUGGUGCGAUUCAUUCGCUCGUUCGACGCCUGCCUGAGCAAGAAGCACCUGAGCGACUACUUCAUCGAGCGGCGGAAUCUCUUCGAGCACGUUCCCGAGGAUGCGCUGAUGAAGUUGCGCGCCAUCAUGGCCGGCAUUGCGGAGCAACCACUCGUCCAUGUCGUCCAGGCGCUGAGGAACCUCCAGCACGCACCCGACUUCUAUCCACAGCUGGACUACAAGCGGCUGCUGGACAACCUCUUCAGUCAGGAUUACCUGGAGCUGCAUGGCUGGGGCAAGUUCUCGCGUCCCCGCCAGGGAUUCCCCGCCACGGAGAACCUCCCGGAGCAGCAGGUGGACGCGGGGAAGCCAGCGAGAAGGGAGGAGAUCACCGAUGCCGGGGGACUUUUGGGACUGGCCCAGCACCAGGAGCGAUCGCGCGGAAAGCUGCGCCGGAAAACGCAGCUCCUGAAGGCCACCACCAACCAGCAGCAGCGGCAGCGCUCGGAGGCGGAACAGAGGCGCUCCUCCCUGGACUCCCUGGAUCUCCAGCUCCUGCUGACACGCUCCCAGCCAGAGGGAAAGGGCCAGGACACGGCCAAGCCACAACUCAACAACGGCCUGGAGAUCCUGCGACGCAGCAACCUGCUCGAGCUGCUGCUGGACCACCUGCUGGCCAUGCUGAGCCAUGCCACUCGCUUCGGGAAUCGUGGGCAUGCCCAGCUCUAUCUGCAGCAGGGUCAGCGACUGUGUCGCCUCUACCAGCACCUCGGUUGCUCCCAGCAGGCCCAGCACUUCGUCCAGGAACUCCAGGCGGCGGCCAACGAUAUGGAGGCCAUGUCCCGAACCCCUGUGCCAAACAUGUCCGCUGGAACGCCCCUCUCGGAGGAUGAUUCUCCGCCGCUGCAGAGGAAGUCCAUCAAGUUCCAGGAGCAUGUGGUGCAAAUACACACACCCGAUCCGCUGGCCAGGCCGCAUCACCUGCCACACCUGGAGAAGCACAAGCUGAACGGGAUUCUAAGGGGACACCACCCAGAGGAGACGGAGGCCAUAGAGGUCCUGCAGGAGGAGGACAUCAGGAGCACUUUGAUGAAGGAAAUAAGGAGCCGCAUAGGGGAGACCAAGAACGAGAGGGUGGAGUCCAAGGAGGGCCCUGUAGAACCCCAAACGGAAAAGGAAUCGGAGUCGAAAUCAGAAUCAGCGGAAACACCCCUCUCGCUGAACGGAAUCCUCCAGAGACUAAGUCUGGACACGGAUAAGCUGCAGACGCUGAGCUCCAGGACGGAGCAGCUGGUCCACAAGGUGGCCCCUUCGGAGGCCAGGCGGGAGGAGCUCAGGGAGAUCCUCAGGCGCAACACGCAGAAGCUCAAGGGCGCCUUCAACUGAAGACAAUACCAGACGGCCUAAGCCCCUGUCGCUUAGUGAUAUAUAUGCUGGUACAGAUAAACCCCGGGUGCGAUAGGAGCGGCGAUAGCUCACCAUAAAUACUUAUAUAAUACCUUCUAAUCUUAGGCCCUAUACGUAUACCUUGUACUUGUAACGAGCUAAUAUAAUUUUCCCAUAAAA